UUUUAUUUGUAUUGAAGUGUACACACGGCGUUUUUAACUUUGCUGCGUCUGCGCGUCCGGCCAGUCACUAUUGUGCCGUUACUGAUGCUCGCUGUGUAAGCCAACGUGUGCUGUGUUAAAUUGUGCUUUCAUUUAAACUGAAAAAGGACAUAAAACUUAUAAAGCGGAAAAAAGUUAGUUAAAAUGACGGAACCGUCAGAAGUACGUGCUUUCUAUAGCGGCAAAAAUUUCUUUAUAACUGGAGGCACAGGUUUUGUAGGCUUAUGUCUGAUCGAGAAGAUUUUAAGAACGAUCCCAGAUGUUGGAAAAUUGUAUUUACUUAUGCGGCCGAAGAAAGGAAAGGAAAUAUCUAAAAGGUUAGAAGAAUUUCCUGGAAACCCGGUAUUUGAGAAGCUACUAGAAACUGGAUCAAAAGAUGUAUUCAACAAGUUAGUAGCAGUUGCGGGUGAUGUGGGUGAAGAUGACUUGGGCCUGAGCCAAACAGACCGUGAUAUGUUGGUCAAUAAUGUCAAUGUGGUCAUACAUUCAGCCGCAACACUCGACUUUGAGGACAACUUGAAGCCCACAGUGAAGAUUAAUAUUCUGGGCACAAGGAGGGUGAUGGAACUGUGUAAAGAAAUUAAAUCUUUAAAGGUGAUGGUUCAUGUAUCUUCAGCCUAUGUUAACUCUUACCUAACUGAGGCCCAUGAGAAAGUAUAUGAUGCUCCUGAGGAUGUGGAGAAAGUCAUAUCAUUGGUUAAAACUUUGAAUGAUGAUGCACUGAAUGAAAUUGAACCUCAAAUUCUUAAAAAUCAUCUUAACACAUAUACUUUCACAAAACACUUGGCGGAGCAUGAAGUGAAGAAUUGUGCCGACCUCUUCCCUUGUACUAUUGUCAGGCCAACCAUGAUUGUUGCUGCAUGGAAGGAGCCAGUUCCGGGAUGGACAUGCUCUAAAGUUGGCCCGCAGGGAUUCCUCAUGGGGGCGGCUAAAGGUGUAGUCCGUCGUUUGCCGCUGUGUAAGAAUAAUAUAGCUGAUUAUAUCCCAGUAGAUGUGGUUGUUAACCAACUAUUAGUAGCCGGCUGGCAUGCUGCUAAGGAAAAGUCAGGUCUGACGGUGUACCACUGCUCGUCAUCAACGCAGAAACCUUUCCGUUGGAUAAUGCUCGACCACCAUGUUAAUGAAAUGCUGCACAAGUACCCACUAAAGAGCGCUGUCUGGUACCCGCGCUUGGAGUUUGUAUCGUCACUCUGGUUGUUCCGCUUGUCCGCCAUCUUUAUCCACUUUUUCCCUGCGCUGUUGCUAGAUAUGGUGCUGCGACUCACUGGAGGAAGACCUAUUUUGUUCCGGUUGCACAAGAAUGUGUGGUCGUCGUUGUCGCGUCUCGAGAAGUUCAUCUUCAAUGAAUGGCGCUACCACAAUCCCAACACACGCGAUCUGUGUCGCGCUCUCACUUCACCAGACUACAAACUUUUCAAUAUUGAUAUAUCUGAUAUUGAUUGGGUGGAUUACUUUGUGACGUUACAUCUCGGAGUACGAAGGUACCUAAACAAGGAGAAGGAAUCUACGCUGCCCGCGGCCAGGAAAAAGGACAUGAUUCUGCUUGCCGCUCACGUUGUGUGGCAGAUCGGUAUCAUCUAUCUACUGUGGCUGUUAGUGGCCGCACUCACCGGACUGACUAUGACACAAAGCGCCUGGGCCCCGCCCCUUAUAUACAUACUCUUAAGUCUCCUGUAGACGUACAGUUGAAGUAUACAACUACCUACAGACAUAUAACCAAUGUAUACAACAUCCUAUAAACAUAUGUCCCAA